AUGAAGAACAUGCAUCAUUCAUCUAAAGUUCCUUCUCCACCGAGCACUCCAAAAUUUAUCACUCUCCUAGAGAAUAGAUAUGAAGAUGAUAAUCAAUCAGAUGAUACAUCAUCGCUUCACUCCACUACAAGUUCAACAUCAAGUGGUGAACAAGUAGCUCCAACCACUGCUGCAUUCAAUGAUGAUUUCCUCUUCUCGCCAAGCUUUCUUCCAAUCACAGCUCUGAUACCAAACUUUCCAGUAUCAAGCACAAGCUCUGCACCUCAGAUAACUUAUAAAGAACCUACCAGAAAAAUGUUCAAGAAAGACGAAUUGGUUUGGGUUGAAAUCAAGGAUAAACUGUACUUGGCACAAGUGGUUAGACAGGUCAAGAACGUCCAGGUCAUUAUCAACGAGAGAAACAUUUCAAGUAAUGAAAUUCUUGGGGGACAGGAGAUUCAAGUCGAUCCAUCCAAGUGUUAUCCAGUCGAUGCUCCAGCCUUGAACAACCUGGAGAGGGAGAAUCUCAUGUGGGCCAGUCCUGGCUGUCAUUCCCUGGCGCAAGUUGUAGCCAAUUGGACAAAUUUUGUAAAUAAGUCAUUCAUGGAUCAAUUGAGAUCUUCACAAAUUUUCACAUGUAGAUCGCUGUUCUAUUCCCAACAACAAGUUCACUUUAUCUUUGAUUUACUGUAUGGAUCCGUUAUUUCAUUCAUUGAAGAGAGAAUCAAUCUUCAAAUCCAAACAAUUUUACUCAACUGGAGAAGAAGAUGUGAAAACACCAGUUCCCAAAUUAAGGAAAUUGUUGUUUUUGAUCUUCCAACUCAAACAGAGGCUGACAAUCUUUCAGAUCAAUUUGUAGAGUUGUUUAAUAUGAUUGCUAUCCAAUCUAAUGCUCAGAAUGAAAUGAUUCUCAUUAAGGAUUUGUUGAGUUUGGAUCAAGUUCAAAUGGUGGAACAAGUGAUGAAAGUAUACGAAAGUGUUAACGCUUUCAAAACAUAUGACGAUUCAAUGUUUGUUUCGACUCCCCUUGAAAUGGUUUCCUCCACUUGUGAUAUGAUGAAAACGACCUCAAAAGUCCUUACUUUACUUUUGGGAGAUUUCGUCCAACAAUUCGGUGAAGAUUAUUUACCUAAUGCAUUAGAAAGCUUUGAAGACACUCUCUUUGAACAAUUAACAUCUCGCUACAUUUCUAGAUCAUACUUUAUCCACUGCAUGACAUUUGGCAUUGAAAAGAAAACUUCAAACACAGUUUUCAAUCAAUGUUUGAGUCAAUUGAAACAAACUGGUUUUCCAAUGUUGAUUAAUCUUUACACUGGAGAUGAUAAGUAUGGUUACAAGAUGAAAAUAGAAGAUCAACAAGAAUUACAAAAGAAUGGUUGUGAUAUUUGGGAUAUUGUAAAGGGAGACAAUUUCGUCUAUUUGACAGACGAAACAAUUCUGCAGAUUUUGACCACGUUGAACGCCCACGAAAGGAAUGAAUUCAAUAGAAAGCUUCACUUUGUUACUGACACUUUCGAAGAUGUCUUUUCGAAUAGAGUUGUUUCCAUGUUUGAUAUCAUUUCUGCUUCCAUUGAUGCAACUAAACUUCAAGAUUCCUCAAUGGAUGAAGAAUUCGAUUACCUCAACAACCCCACCCUUGAUGAAGAUAUCUUCUCUGAUCCAUCCAUUAACAUUCUCGAAAUGGAUAUCAAUGUUGAUAACAUGGAGGAUGAAGAUUUCACAUUCGAAAUUCCCCCUCGUGAGAUGCUUUAUCAUGCAGCUUGUUAUGGAUUGAGUUCUUUCGCACAUGUAAAUUCGAAAAUGAUGGAUCCAAUCUCUGUGAAACAGUACAGGCUCGUGGAAGAUUCAUUUAUGAGCACAAGAGAAUAUUUAACCAAAUAUAGAAGCUCUGAUUGCUCAACUAACUUUUCAUUUGAUAAGGAUCAUGAUUCAAUUGAUUAUAGAGAUAAAAACAAUAAGAAUGAUAGUAGUUUCUCGAAGAAGUUGAUGAGCAAGAAACAAAUUAAAGUUGUUAACUUCCUUAAUUUGGAAAAUUUGAAACCUGAUUUUUCCACAUUCUCCAAAUCAAGAGAAAUUAUUUCCAAUCCAACAUUGAAGAGAUUAUUCCAAAGUUUAUCAGAGCAAAUUUCAGAUUACAACAACAGACAUGUUCUAGAGGUGAGAGGAAAGCAAAUCAAAGAUUUAGUUUCAUUCAUUGCUGAUUAUUGGUUCACAUUUUUAAAAGAUGAAAAGAAUGUUCUCUCUUUCGUAUUGGAAAGAAAUGGAAAACCAAUCGAUCCAAUUCUAAUCAUUCUUGAAUCGGUAAAGAUGUUGAAUUUCACAUGUGUCUACUCGAGACAAAAAGAAGAAAUUGUGAAAAUUAUAAGAGAAGAAGGUUUGCUGAACAUGUUGUGUGAAAUGAUGGUAAGAAUUCAUUCAGAAAGACAAGGAAAGGAAGUCAAUUUGAAGGAUUUAAGAAAUGCUGACAUGAUCGAAUUAGAACAAUUGGCUCUCAUGACAAUAUUGACAUGUGUAAAGAAGGAUAAGCAAGCUUGUGGCUAUCUUUCACACGAAGAAUACUUUUGGAACUUUUUCAAAUGUUUGGUUCGUCAAAUUAGACAAUUAGAUGAAUUAAUUGAAACAAAUUCAUCAGUCGAUAUGAAGAAUAUUACAGAAAUUUUCACAAAUACUUAUAUGGAAAUUCUUUCAACCAUGAUUUCAGAUCCAUAUAGUUAUCAAUUUCUGAAAUUCCAAACAAGUGAAAUUGUUUCCAGCUCCAAGAUUACAACCAUUACCAAGACUAUUGUUCACAAUAUUAAGAAUAACAAUAUUUCUCUCCUUUUGAAUCCAGAUUUUUACAACAAGAUUACAACAGAUUUAAUUCAUAUUAUUCAAAACUUUGAUAAGAACUCGAUGAGAGUGAAUGAUUUUGUAACUUUGAUGCAGAAUGUCAUUCCAUUCUUUUCGUAUAAUCAAAAACAUUUAACCGAGUUGAUCAAAAUUUGGAUUUCACAGAUUGAAUUCAGAUCUGCCUAUUAUUGCUGUCAGUGUCUGAGAUCUUUGAGUAAAAUUUAUGAAAAGUUGAGAAGUGAGCCAGCUAGCACCAUUUCCUCAUUGAAGAAGAUGAUACUUUCGAAAAGAUAUAAGGAUGUCAUUGCUAUUGCAAUGGAGAAUAAGUUGAUACCAAUUGUAAAGAGCAAGGUUGUGGAUCUUAUUGAUGAAAGAAGAUUAUUGAAAGGAGAAAAGAAGAAAAAUCUCUCCAAGAUUCAAGAGUUGAAUAAUUCAUUGGAGAAUAUAGUAUUUGCUUUGGUUUACUUAUCGGCUCUGUAUGAAGGAGUUAGAAAGCAACUCGUAAAAUUUAUAUUUACUGAACAUAGAGUAGAGUCUUUGAGAGUGGAAAAGGAAUCAAUAGAAAUGUUGCAAUUUAAUGAUCUUUCUAAUAAGAAUGUUGAAUCGCUCAUGAAGGGUCUCUCUCAAAAUGCAAACUCUGAUGAAUUUAAUCAAUUUUCUAAGAAAUUCAUUAACCACUGGGAGCACAUGAGUCCAAUCAAUGCUUCAACACAACCAAUCAAUAAGAAUUGGAAUCAAACAAACGAAUCUCUCAAUCGAAACAAUGCAGAAAAGAGAAAGAGCAUGUUCAGUAUUGAAUCACUCCUCAAUCAAUCCCAUUCGCUCAAUUCUAGCACUCUUUCCCAAAUGAACACUUCUCGUCAACAAUUACUCUCAGUUUCCAAUUAG